GUACGGUUAGUCUUUCACGUUGUGUCGUCGCGAACGGAUCUGCUUUCUUUCGGGUGGUGUGGCUCCUAUCCAGUUUUGAGUUAGGGUUUUUGCCGUGGUCCGGUUUUGCUAUUAUAAAUUUAAACGGUUGUCCGAAUUUGUUGGGACAAGUUUUAUAUAGUGCAAAAUACAUACAUACAUACAUACAUAUACGCAGUCGAGGUCCACGCAGUGGAAGAUGAUUUCCAAAGUGCUAGUCCUGUCCUGCCUGGUGGCGGUGGUAAUCUGCGAGUCGAAGCCAAAGGUCGACGUGGUCAGCGUUCCGGAGGGAUGUACCUCCAAGAGCAAAAGCGGUGACAUGCUAACGAUGCACUACACCGGCAAACUCACCGACGGUACUAAAUUCGAUUCAAGCUUUGACCGUGAUCAACCAUUCACCUUCCAGUUAGGAGCAGGACAGGUUAUCAAGGGAUGGGACCUGGGUUUAACCGAUAUGUGUGUCGGAGAGAAACGUAAGCUGACCAUCCCACCGGAGUUGGGCUAUGGUGAGCGAGGAGCCGGAAAUGUUAUUCCGGGUGGUGCCACUCUGGUAUUUGAUGUUGAACUGAUCAACAUCGGCGACUCGCCGCCAACGACCAACGUGUUCAAAGAAAUCGAUGAGAACAAGGAUAUGCAACUGAGCCGUGAAGAGGUCAGCGAAUACCUUAAGAAGCAGAUGGUCGCCGCCGAUGGUGGCCAAGAAUCGGACGACAUCAAAAACAUGAUCGCCGAGCACGACAAACUGGUGGAGGAGAUCUUCCAGCACGAGGACAAGGACAAGAACGGGUUCAUCUCGCACGAUGAGUUCUCCGGUCCCAAGCACGACGAACUGUAAAACAGGGGACGCCUAGCUACCGGGCGGUGUCCCUGCCCCAUCCAUCUUCCACAAUCCCCCCCCGCAGUGGCGUGGAUUCCAGUUGGUCGGGAGGGAGAGCAGCACUACUAUUUCCCGGACGGUCUUCUUUUUCUUCCGGACUAGGUUUAGCUGUUGACGUUUACACUCAUUGGUCGGGGAUGAAGCAGUUCUGGACAAACUUAUGUUAGAUGUUUAUUUUUGUUUUCCUCUCUCGUUGACACUUUAUGAAAAAUUAUAUUUUUAAUGAAGGCAAGUAGUAGAUUAUUUAUUGUUUUAAUAUUUUUACAUUAAAAUACGUUUGCGAACAAUCACUAGGUAAAGACUAAUGGACAAGAUUAAAUUUGUUAAAGGGAAAAGUAUCGCAUAGAAGAAGAAAAAAAUCCAUUACCAUUUGUGUAAAUACGUUGAACUUGCGUAAAGGUAAUAAUGAUAUACAGAAAAAAUUCGGAUUGAAGUCGUAAAAGUUCGUUAUAGGGAAUUGAUUACUUAAUAAAUACAGUAAAACGACGCUAGGUAAAACACAGGUUAGAUAUGUAACAAAGUUCAAAGUUUUUACUUUGUUUGGAAACAGGCAUCACACGACAGACAUAUCACAUUGGAGAUAAUAAAGUCUUUUGUAUAGAAAUUAAAUAAA